GACGUAAUGACGUCACUUUCGCACGGAUAGCGUCGGGCUGGGACUAUUCGCGGCGAUGGCGACGACGAAGAACUCUUAUCGGCGGCUCCUGACUUGGGCGCAGUGAAACUGGCUUCGGCUUGGAUAUGACUAAUGUUUAUUUGAUCCGGUGUUUUUCAUUGUUGAUUGGCUGCACUGAUCUUCGACUGAACCGUUGGCUUUAAGGCUCCCGUCUCGCCCGUCCGCUGUGAGUCUGCCGGUGGCUGUUCUGCUCAGCAGAGGCCUCCGCGUCGGGGUCCGCCCUCCAUCUCACAACAACAACAAAACCUCUCCGAUUUCCAUGCCCAACCACUAAACCCUUGAGGACAGGAUUGCGAGACAACCUCGUCUGUUGCUUACUACUUGUGCCUGGGUUUCAGUCCCAGGGAAGAGCUUCUGUGUCUGAAGACCCCACUCCUUCCUGGGGACCAUGGAGGAGGAGGGGCAGCAGAGCCUGGAGUGCGUCCAGGCCAACCAGUUCUUCCCCAAGAAGUCCCCUGUCCUGGAGGAAGAGAACAUGCAGGUUCCCUUCUCCCAGCUGCAUGGUGAGUUCACGGAGUAUGUGGGGAGAGCGGAGGACGCCAUCAUCGCCAUGUCCAACUACCGGCUCCAUAUCAAGUUCAAGGAGUCUGUGGUCAAUGUGCCUCUGCAGCUGAUUGAGAACGUGGAGUGCCGGGACAUCUUCCAGCUGCACGUCACCUGUAAGGACUGUAAGGUGGUCAGGUGCCAGUUCUCCACCCUAGAGCAGUGCCAGGAGUGGCUGAAGCGGCUGAGUGCGGCGGGACGGCCCCCAUCCAGCCUGGAGCACCUCUUCUCUUUCGCCUUCCACGCCUGGUGCAUGGACGUCUACGCCGGGGAGAAGGAGCAGCACGGCGAGCUCUGCAGGCCAGGCGAACACGUGACGUCCUGGUUCAAGAACGAGGUGGAGCGGAUGGGCUUCGACACCCAGAACGCCUGGAGGAUAUCAGACAUCAACAGUAGAUUCAGGCUGUGCUCCAGCUACCCCCAGCAGCUGCUGGUCCCUGCCUGGAUCACCGACAAGGAGCUGGAGAAUGUGGCCGCAUUCCGGUCGUGGAAGAGGUUUCCAGCUGUGGUGUACAGGCACGUGACCACGGGGGCGGUGAUCGCUCGCUGCGGCCAGCCUGAGGUGAGCUGGUGGGGCUGGAGGAAUGCAGACGACGAGCACCUGGUGCAGUCCAUCGCCAAGGCAUGCGCUGUGGACGGCAUCAGCCGCAAGCAUCAGGCCAACGGCGGCUACAGCAACGGCACCGCACUGCCCGAUACGGACUUCGAGUCGUCCCUGACCAACAACUCUGAGGUGGAGACGCUGGCCAUCCAGCCCCACAAGCUGCUGAUCCUGGACGCCCGGUCCUACGCCGCCGCCGUGGCCAACCGCGCCAAGGGGGGAGGCUGCGAGUGCCCAGAGUACUACCCCAACUGUGAGGUGGUAUUCAUGGGCAUGGCCAACAUCCACUCCAUUCGCAAGAGUUUCCAGUCCCUACGUUUUCUCUGCACCCAGAUGCCUGAUCCAGCCAACUGGCUGUCGGCCCUGGAGAGCACCAAGUGGCUUCAGCACCUGUCCCUGCUGCUGAAGGCGGCGCUGCUGGCGGUCAACGCCGUGCACCGCGACCACCGGCCCGUCAUGGUGCACUGCUCCGACGGCUGGGAUCGCACACCCCAGAUCGUGGCGCUCUCCAAGAUGCUCCUGGACCCGUACUACCGCACCAUCGAGGGCUUCCAGGUCCUGGUGGAGACGGACUGGCUGGACUUCGGCCACAAGUUCGCCGACCGCUGCGGCCACGGGGAGAACUCUGAGGACGUGAACGAGCGCUGCCCGGUCUUCCUGCAGUGGCUGGACUGCGUGCACCAGCUGCAGAGGCAGUUCCCCUGCUCCUUCGAGUUCAACGAGGCCUUCCUGGUGAAGCUGGUGCAGCACGCCUACUCGUGUCUGUUCGGCACGUUCCUGUGCAACAGCGGCAAGGAGCGGGAGGACCGCCACGUGCAGGAGAGGACCUGCUCCGUCUGGUCCCUGCUGCGCAGCGGCAACCGCGCACUGUGCAACAUGCUCUACUCCUCGCAGUCCGAGACGGUGCUGCACCCGGUGUGCCACGUGCGUAACCUGAUGCUCUGGACGGCCGUCUACCUGCCCAGCUCCUCCCCCACAACGCCCAGCGACGACUCGUGCGCGCAUUACCCUGCGCCCGGCUCCAGCCCGGAGGAAGCAACUCUCGGAAGACGCCCCAAGACCCGCUCCUUCGACAACCUGCCCAGCGCCUGCGAGCUCGGCAGCAUGGCUGCCCCCAACCGGCGCUCCAGCGACCCCAGCCUCAACGAGAAGUGGCAGGACCACCGGCGCUCCCUGGAGCUCAGCUGCGUCACCGCGGGGCCCGACGGCGGAGCGGGGGGCCCGGAGGACCUGGAGGACCAGACCGACGGUCCGAUGUACGCGGACACGGCCGAACCCGAGCCCCAGCCGGAGGAACGGGGACCCAGGCCGCAGCGGCCGCAGUCGCCCGGCGUCCCGGUGGCGGGGCCCCCGGAGCGGCAGGAGGCGGAGCUGUCGGUGGCGCCGGGCGUGGCGGAGGGCCAGAUGGAGAACAUCCUGCGAGAGGCCACCAAGGAGGAGGCGGCGGCGGCGGUGGCGGCGGCCGUCCACAGAGAGAGGGGCGUGGCUCAGGUCGUCUCCAACGGAGACACAGACAUGGGGAAAGGUAUAGGAAGUGUAGAGAGCGACGAGAAGCGUGCGGAGGUUGAUGGCGGAACGGAGAAUCAGAGUGAGCCGCUGUGCAACGGCCACCCUGAAGAGGAUGUGGUGCUGGCGUCGGCAGCGGAGGGGGGUUUCCCAGGCGUCCCUCCCCUCCCUGCCAGUACGUCAGAGGAAACGGAGCGGAUGCAGCAGAGCCUGGAGGCUGACGUUGGUAGGAUCUUAGAAGAGCUGGUCAAGCAGGUGAUGGACGGUUGUACUGAGCCACAGCCACAGGGGCAGUCAGCAUGGCCUCUUGAGCCAGAGGACGCUGCAUCCCACAGAACUCACACCAACGGCUGCCUUGUUGGCACCUUGGUAGAGCCGGGGCUCAGCUGUCACUGUGGCGAGCCCCCCAAGCCCCUGGUGCCGGCCAAUAAGACUGCGUCUCUCAUGGAGAGCUCCACCGAGACUCUGACGGACGAGACUUGCGGUACGCUGGAGCCAGCGGCGCCGUCGCCGCCCGGCCCCCAGACCAGCAAACCCCUGCCCCAGCCCGCCAGGAUGAACGGCCUGGAGGCCAGGCAGCAGCCGGCGGUCGCCAGGACUCCCAGCGGGGCCCACAAGCGGCCCUCCCUCAGUGCCUUCCAGUCCACCAACGGCGAGGGGCUGUGCAACGGCGAGGAGCCCUGCAACGGGGCCCCCGCCUGGGCCAAGGCGGCCGCCGAGCGGGGCCCGCUGAGCCGGCAGGCCUCCCUGGCCAGCGGCGGCUCCCUGGGCCCGCAGCCCCGCGGCUUCUGCCCGCACCGCUGCACCCACAUGCCCGCGGGCCGCCCGGCCGGCAGCCCCGAGCAGCAGUCCCGCCUGCACCUGGACGACGACGGGCUGACGCUGCACCCCGACGCCAUCCAGCAGCGGCUGCGGCAGAUGGAGGCGUGCCACCAGAAGGAGGUGGAGAGCCUGAAGAGGCAGAUGCAGGAGCUGCGCACGCGGCUGGAGAACCAGCAGCACGGGGGCUGCCCGCGGCUCAACGGAGACCAGGGAGACGAAGGGACCUCCAUUAUGGACUCAGAGUACAACAUGGAUCCCAACUGCCUGUCCCGCUGCAGUACGGAGCUGCUGUCGGAGGCCAGCUGGGAGCAGGUGGACAAGACGGACGCGGAGGUGACCCGCUGGUACCCAGACCACCUCGCCGCCCAGUGCUACCGCUGUGAGAGCCGCUUCUGGCUGGCCAGCAGGAAGCAUCACUGCAGUGGAAGAGAGCCUGUCCAGGAGGUCUGGAACUGCGGUAACGUGUUCUGCGCCAGCUGCUGCGAUCAGAAGAUCCCCGUGCCAAGCCAGCAGCUGUUCGAGCCCAGCCGCGUGUGCAAGUCCUGCUAUGGCAACCUGACGCCCUGCCCCGGCAUGGGCCCCCGCCUGGCCCCGAGUCUGGGCCCCCUGGACGUGGAGCAGGACCAGGGCAUCACAGUCAGCUCCGACUAAAGCCCGACACCCCCGGGACUUACAGGGUGGGGGGGUGGCGGGGGGGGCUGUGGGCCGGACGAAACACUAGGCUCUAUCCCUUUACUCCCCAGCCAGCGGUGACGCUAUUCUGCUGCGGGAGAGCACAGGAGCUACACAGAGUAUCCCAUGGAAGUGUGUGUGUGUGUGUGUGUGUGUGUGUACUACGGAUUGAAGUGUAUUUACAAGAGAGGAACGUGUACAGUAGAAGCUUGAUGAACUUUGAUGGGCAGCCGUCUCCUUGAGUGAGUGUGUUUGCCAUGCGUGUGUGUGUAUGUGUGUGUGUGCGCAUAGCAGGCUGAGAGUGAGAGAGAGAUAGGAAAAUGCAAACAACUGAACAUGCAUAUUGCUGAGCAGGCCGGCGGUCUGUCGGACAGCACCUUAAGGCCCAGGAGUCCCUGCUCCCCCAGACGGGCUGCACUUUGACAUUGAGCCCGCCAGAAGAUCAUGGAAACCUCUGCAAUAAAUGUUACUUUGUUCUUACCCUUUCCCCCCUCUCCCAUCAGCCCCCCUCCGCCUCCCAGUAGCAGGUUCUCUGUCCAAACCAGUGACCCCUUUCUGUCGAACGACUGCAGAGUAUUUCACCCUCUUUUGCGCUUUAUCACCUCACGACACAUGAGGUCAUUAAGAUGUUGAAUCCUGCCGUCAUGACACAAGCAUCUCUCUGGAAAGACCGGAACGGGAUGUCAGGCAUUCGUCCCCAACGGAGCUCCAUUGAACAAGUGCUCCGAGCUGAACCCACCCCCAGUCCCCCCUCCAUCCCCAAGGGCUUCUUCCUCCUCCUCCUCCUCCUCCUCCUCCUCCCAGAGUGGUGUAUGAUGAGGGGGGACCCGUCCUCUUGGUGACCUUCAUCAGAGAGCAGUGUUGUUGACCAUUGACAAUGUGGCCAUUGUUCUCCUGCCACGCCAAGAGGACUGCACCACAGCCCCCCUCCCCUGGCCUCUCCUGUCUGCAACCACUUCAGCACCCCCCCCCCCCCGCCCUCGCUGGCGUCUCUCCCCAGCAGGUCCUGGGUGCUGGACAGCCUUGUGAAGACACCUGUUCCAGAGGACAGCCAGUCUUCAGCCGACACCACAAGCAAGGUCAUGUUGGGGCCCUGGCCUGCCACAGGCUGGACACCAUGGGAGGAUAUUGACGGAGAUACACGCACAUAUAUUUUUUAUUAUUAUUAUUUACUUAAGAUUAUGUUGGAAUUGAUAUUUGGGGUGGGGUAGGUGAUGGCAAACAUUGAAAAGAUGAAAGUGAAGGUGCUUAGGGGGGUUAAACGACACGGCUGGCCCCCAUGACCUUGGUUGCGCUGCCCUGUCGUCUGCGUUGUCAUUUCCGUCUUGGGUUUCCCUGUACGGAGAAGACCUUCCACACUCCUGCAGGACCACCGGCUAGCCUGCACCCUGCCUGCCAGCCCACUGCCCACCUCCUCACACACACACUCACACACACACACUUUGGUUUUGUAAAGCAAAUGAAUGAAUUAAAUAAUAUAUUCAGAGAAGUAUAUAGCAUUUAAGAAAAAGGCUAAACAAAUGUAUAGAAUCCUUUUGAAUCGUGGCUCACUAAAAUUAGUCACCAAAAAAGUUUCUUGUUUUCCUUGAUUUUCUUUUUUUUUCUGGUCUAAUUUUCCUCUGUUCAUUACAACCAAAUCUAUAUUGUCAAACUGUAGAAUUUUUCUCCUUUUUAAAUAGUUCACACUUGACACGUGUGCUGCGUUAAGUGCUAUUAGUUUUUCCUUGGAAAUGCAACGAUUUCUCUUUUCAUUAAUUAUUGUUUUAUUUUUUAAUUGCUGUUACAAAAUGAAAAAGGACUAAAAAUGUAAGUUGGGAAAAUGAAUUUGCCCCUGCAUAAUCAGUGUUGGGUCGUGAGCAGAGCUAGAGGGGGAAGUUAGAAGUAGCUUAGCAUGAAGGGCCAUGGUGCUGCAGGUCCUUCAACCUUUCUUUUUGUUUGGAGAGGGCCGAGGCCAACAGAUGGAAUAAUCGCAUCUGUAUUCCAUCUAGAACUGACCAUCAGGCACAGUUUGGUAUGGUCAUCUGAAUUCGGCCAUAGUGCAGGCACAACACAUGCAGACUGAAUAUUUAUGGGGAGUAUAUGAGAGAUAUACAGUCAUGAGUGAGUCCAAUACCAGACCCUUCUCAGCUCAAGGACAGUCUGCGAAAAUUCUAACAAUCCAAACCUACCUGUGGAAGUGACACACACACACACACACACACACACACACACACACACACACACACACACACACACACACACACACACACACACACACACUCACACAGGCGUAGCUCAUGAUAUGCUUUGAAAUGCUGGUGAGAAAAUAAACACCCCAAAAGUGGUAUGCAGCAAGUAAAGCCAGCAGCCUGCACCUUAGACAACCAAACCUUCCUUCCCCUCGGCCGUAGUCUUACGCAGGGCUCCAUUAGGACAUCCGCAUACAAACACUACCUCUAUUUUGUACACACAAAUAUAGCCUCCUUCACAUGACAAAAAGUCCAAACAUCGAUUCACAUUUAGUAGUUCUUUGGCGACAAUUUGCCGUGUUGAGAACAGCCUUGAUGGUCCUCUUCCGUAUCUUUGGGUCGGACAAGCUCGGCCGAAUCAUUAAUCAUCUCUUGCGCUGUGUGUGUGUGUGUGUGUGUGUGUGUGUGUGUGUGUGUGUGUGUGUGUGUGUGUGUGUGUGUGUGUGUGUGUGUGUGUGUGUGUGUGUGUGUGUGUGUGUGUGUGUGUGUGUGUGUGUGUGUGUGUGUGUGUGUGUGUGUGUGUGUGUGUGUGUGUGUGUGUGUGUGUGUGUGUGUGUGUGUGUGUGUGUGUGUGUGUGUGUGUGUGCGUUGCUGCUAAGGGUACGACGAUCACUCCAGUUAUAACCCUGUCAGGGUUACUGGAGCCUUGUCAGGGUUACCCUGACAAGGCUCAAUGUUCACUUGGUUUCUCUCUUCCCUUUUCCCUCUUCCCUCCUGUUCUGCAGGCUGUGAAUGGACAUCUCACAUCUCUAUUUGUGACGUUUAUCAAAACACAUGUGAAAGAAUUGUACAAAUACAAUCCGAACGUCGAUUUAGAGUCCUGCUAUCAUGAUGGAGGGUGUCCCUGUUUGGUCAUCCUUCAAAACAAUCAAGUGUUAUGCUGGGAGGGAGACCAGAUCAUGCAGGUGUCGUCAACGUCGUCCCCCUCACUGCUCACAAAUGUUGUAAAGGCUUUGGCAGCUUCAAACCUAAUCAUGUCAGUCCCCCACCUCACCAUCGCACGAAUACACACACCAUUACACAUGCAUGGUGGGGGGCCCCUGCACACUUUGGAAACACACCAGGAAUGGGAAAUCUGAAAACCUUCAUUCAGUUCACCCCCUUGACAACGUCUAGAGUGGAUGUACGAGAAAGAACUCUUCUGAGUAGAGGCAAAAACAGUGUCACCACAAGGCCAUUCCGUACCCCUAUUUGUUGCAAUAAGGGGGUUCUAAAUUGGAAAAAGGUAUCUGCGGAUCUGGUUGUUGGUCUUGGACACAGACAUUUCAUUGGGUGCUUUGUGAACAAGCAGUUAACCCGAGAAUAAAGUGACUUUGAAGCGAGUUUGCGUGAAUAUUUGAGUUGACCGUCUCUUAUUAGAGACCAGUGCCAAGCAGUGUUGCCAGAUUGGGCCCGAUUUUCCGACCAAUCUGGCAAGCAGUUUUAUUAGUUUCUCCCAAAGGGAUGAUGAUUUCCUAUACUUUCUCUGUUUUCCCCUUUUUUGUUGACGAUAAGCACUUUCAGUCUUUCCCCUGCCCUGUCUAGAGUUUUGAAGCUGUACAUAGCGUUUUCCUGCAACAAUCUACUUGUUAUGUCUGAAUCUUUUGAUUUUUGUUGAAUUACUUGGAGCAUAACAUUGUUGUAGUUUGAAGAACAACAAUAAAAUAGACAUUACCCGG